CGCCGCUCGUUCGGUGAUUGGGUGAAGCGGUUGUCCGUUUCCCGUCGGGACCCACCCCCUGCCACUUCGGGUCAGGAAGUGUGGCUGGAGGAGUCGGCGCUGCGAUGCGGAGGAGAGGCGCUUCCGUGCCGAAGGUUCCAUCCGAGAUGUAGAAAUGGAGGCAGAAGACCCCGUGCUGCCCCCUGAGGGAGGGAUGGAUCCCCCGCAGGAUGGGGUGGAUCUCCCCGAACAGAAGCUUAGCCCGGGUUCUGCAGACACAGGAGAAGAUGAGCCCAGCGCUGCCCUGGAUGAUCAAGCAGAGUUACCCGGGGCCCAGAACAACGGACCCUUGAGUGAAGCAGAUGGCAAAGUGGACGUGCAGGAGGAAUUAAGUGAAACCCGGGAGGAGUUCAGCGAGAAGGACUUGUCGGAUUCAGCCUCCACAGAUAACACCUUGGAGGACUCUAGCGAGUUCAGCCGGCCCAUGGUAAUGGGGGGCGGUGGUCCCCCGGGGGAGGAGGAGGCGGCGGCCCAAGCACGCCCUCCCACGCAUCGGGACGAGGACGUGACAGCAGAGAGUUGGCGGGCACACCGGAAGCACAUCUUUGUCUUGAGCGAAGCUGGCAAGCCCAUUUAUUCCCGGUAUGGCAACGAGGAGGCCCUCAGUUCAACCAUGGGUGUCAUGAUGGCACUGGUCUCAUUCAUUCAGAGUGGGGAUAACUCCAUCCGCUCCAUCUAUUCAGACGAUCGCAAACUGGUUUUUGUGCAGCAGGGCCCGCUGGUGCUGGUAUCGGUGUCGAGCACCCUGCAGUCGGAGCAGCAGCUGCGGCAAGAACUCUUGUACGUCUACUACCAGAUCAUCAGCAUGCUCACCCAAGCCAGCAUCACUCGCAUCUUUGAGCGGAAGAAGAACUACGACCUCCGGCGCCUGCUGACCGGCUCGGAGAAGAUCCUCGACCGCCUCCUGAACCUGGUGGAGUCGGACCCUUGCUUCCUGCUCAGCGCCGUGCGCUGCCUGCCCCUCCAGCCCGCCCUGCGCGAUUCCCUGGGUUCCCUGCUCCAGAAGGCUAUCACGCCUAAUUUGGUCUUCUCCAUUCUAGUGGCCCGCAGUCAGCUGGUCACCACCGUGCAGGAGAAAACGGUCAUCGACGACUGCCGGCUGGAGCCCACGGACCUGCACUUGUUGCUGAACCUCAUCGGGGCGACCUCUGCCUUCCAGACGGGGGAGAUCUGGACGCCUAUUUGCUUGCCGCGCUUCAACCCUGACUGUUACUUUUACGCUUACAUUUCCUACCUGGACACGGACUGCACCGUCUGCCUCAUCCUCCUCUCCACCGACAAGGAGUCGUUCUACUCGGUUUCGGACUGCAAGAAGCGCAUCGAGGAGGGCAUGAGGACUCAGAACUACCUGCAGGCGCUCUCGAGCGGCCUGAAGAGCCUGUCCUACAGCGUGGCGAUGGUUGGCGCACCAGACCUCCGGCACUUUAUGUACAAGCCUUUGGAUAUACCGGAUAAUUACCGGCAGCUCCCCCAGUUCACCAGUCCUGAACUGGAGGGGCCGUAUUGCAGCGAAAGCGAACGCCACCGGCUCUUCGACCUCUAUCACUACCUUCACAGCCGCAUCCACAGCACCUCGCGCCCCCUGCGUCUCAUCUACCACGUAGCUGAAAAGGAGACUCUCUUGGCUUGGGUCACCAGUAAGUUUGAAUUAUACACCUGCUUCAGUCCCUUGGUGACCAAGGCUGGUGCCAUCAACGUCCUGACGAAGUUGCUGCGCUGGAUAAAGAAAGAGGAAGACCGCCUCUUCAUCCGGUACCCACCCAAGUACUCCACAACUCCCAACCCUGGCAAAGGAGGCAAGGGGGCCCGAACUGAAGGGGCCGAAAAUGGUUUUUUUGGAGGCCUCUAGUCUUAGGACCUCUGCCGUCUCGAACUGCGUUCCCGCAUACUCUUUCUUAAAGAAAACUCUUGAUGGAAGAACUUCUCGAUGGGGGAGGGUGGGUUGUCCUUCAGCAGUUGAGAGCGGUCUGCCAUCGUGAGGAGAGGGUUAGCUUUCCAGGCUUGGCUGUUCCUUGGGUGACAAAUCCAGCAAAGUUUGGUCUAAUUUAUUAUUAUUUUUAAAUAAUAUAUGGAGGCAUUGGGCCUAGACCUUCACGUUGAUUGUGGAGCUGGCUAAGAAAGCUAUGGUUCUUGUGGAUGUGGAACGUAAUUGGUAGGUGGGGGAUAUCAAUACAGACUCUGUUGAAGUACGGUUUACACUGAUGCCUGUUUCAGACCCCAGCAAGUUAGCAUUUUCAGGUAACGAAAUAUUUGCAUCCUUGAUGUAAUCGAAGGGCGGUGCGUUUUCUUUUCACAUUCCUCCUCGUCGACAGUUUUUAUCUUUGGCGCUGAAACUGGAGGAAGGCAGUCUUACUGGCUUCAUUUAGCUGUUGAAAAAUUUUAAACAACUGGGCCCUGACUGGGAUGCCCCAUAGAUGAGCAACCGAGGUGAUUCGGGAUAACUCACCUGAGAAUACUUGACCCUUGAUAAGCAUGCAAUAGCCCAUUGCAAUUGAGGGUUUGAAACUGCUACUCACAGGAGAGGCAAGGGGUGGUGGUGUCAGUCUAGUAGCUGUUGUGAGGUUUUUUUUUUCCUUUUUUUAAAGAGAGUGUAGUUUUCAAGCAACAACUGUGACCUGGGAUGUUCUUGGUACUGUCUAAAUAUUCUUGACCCUUGAUAGGCUGAUAGUCCAUAUCGUAUUUGAGGGUGGCUUCUGAAAUGGCUGCCCGUUGGCCACACUAGUAGCUGUCGCCACAAGAGUGGUUCUUUGGAGGAAAACAUAAUCCACCUUUACUUAUUGAGUAUAUACUUGAGGAGCUGACCAUCUUUAGAGCAAAGGAAGUAAAGAGGCCCAGUUCCAAAGAAUCCAGUAUCCCAGGAUUAUCAGUAUUGUUGACUGACGUCCUGACCUCCCUCCUCUUUGGACUUAUAUCAUUUCCUUUUGAAUUAGGGGAAACUGCUUCGGUUUCAAAACCAUGAGAAGUUCAAUACGUGUGAAGGGUAUUUUGCAAGCUGCAAAAUCUGCUACUCGGCUAUUGUCUUUGAAUAUUUGAUGGCUCAGUUUGUAUUUAUGGAACCAUGGUGGAAUUUUUUUUGACAAAAUGUUUAAAUGUUGUCUGUUGGGACUGAACUGGCUAUGAAAUACUGUUGUAUUAUCUCUCCUCCUCCUCCUCCUUCCUAGUUCUUCUUUCUUGUUUGUUCUGUUUUAAAUGAAGCCCCCUCUUCAGCAGAAACAGGUGCUCAGAGAAAUUCACAAGGAAAUUAUUGGGUUUUUGCUGGUUUAUUACUCCCGUGAGCACUGGUAUUUUUGUUGGCGUACCCCUGCUGUUUUUAAACCAAGCAGAUACAUGUCUCUUUGUGGGCCUGAAGCUAGGAAAGUGCGUAAGGGCUCACGUUAAACUGUCUCCUUGGUAAAUAACUCCCCACCAUUUUUGUUAACUCCAGAUUUUCAUUUGGUUGGACUAUCGAUUGGGACAGCAGCUCUGCUCAGAGGGAGACGAGGAGAAAAAUCUUACCAUCAAUUAAUACUUGCAUCCUUUUCCCUGCUGGUUAUGUGCGGCUGUGCUGUGCAAAUCUGCGGCCUGUAUCAAUUUGCUGCUGCCCUACAGGUCUAUUCUCUAUCCUUCUUGUUUUGGAAAAGGCCUUAUUUUUGCCCACGAGGUAGCAGGAGAGAGCCCCUGUUCUCCACCAGCAAGUCUUUCCUGCCACCCUGUGCUCGGUGCCAUGGUUUUGUGUCUUUGGAGGGGAGAGCUCGAUUUAACCUGGAAUGCUUAUAUAAGUGUACUGACUUCCUAUUGCCAGUUUUUGAUGGGGGGGGAGGGGCACUGAGCACUUGAACUGGAUUUUUCCGCCUCCUUGCCAACGCUGCAGCGAUCUGGAAGAAUGAGGCUACUUUGCAGGAUUCGGCUGUUGCUACCAGAAUCCUUCCGGCGCUUGCUGCUUUCUCGGCUUGCUUUCGGCUGGCGUUUCUUCUGCCCUGGUGAAGGGAACAGUAGCGGUUUCCAUGCAUCAUGUGGCUGAGUGACAAAAAAAAAAGUUUAUAUUUCUGGCUGAACUGUUGUACUGAGAACUGGAAGCAUCUUAUUAAACGCACACACACACACAAGCCCUUUCAAAAUCG